UUCACAAAAUAUUCUCCUUCCCUUGUAUCCAUUUUCGCAGGUUGAGGCGCUGAGCAUGGAGAAGGCCAGUGGGGAAGUCAAGGAAGAAUUCAAGGCCCCAAGCGAUGGUUCUAUUUGUGGAUUUGAUUCCCUCCAUCGUCUUCUUAGAGAAAAUCUCAAGCCCCAGCUGUUUCAGGAAGUUAGCCGCUUGCUUCUGGGGCUUAAUUGUGGAAGAGCACUUGCUUCCAUCACUCCUGAAUCUGCUGCAGCUCUCUCUCUGGAACAUGGAUUUGACCUCCAAGCUUUCUCAUUUCAUGCUGACAGAGAACUAUUGAGAGAACCUAGAAUCGUUAGGGUUGGUCUGAUUCAAAACUCUGUUGCCCUUCCAAAUGCUCCCUUUUUGGAUCAAAAGAGGGCUAUCUUUAAAAAGUUAAAGCCAAUAAUUGAUGCAGCUGGCGCUUCUGGAGUCAACGUAUUAUGCUUGCAAGAAGCAUGGAUGAUGCCUUUUGCAUUCUGUACACGAGAGAAGAGGUGGUGUGAAUUUGCUGAACCUGUUGAUGGAGAAUCCACGUUCCUUCAAAGUUUUGCGUUAAAAUAUAAUAUGGUCAUUAUAAGUCCGAUUCUUGAGAGGGAUAUUAAUCAUGGAGAGGUUAUCUGGAACACUGCUGUUGUUAUCGGAAAUCAUGGGAAUAUUAUUGGGAAACACCGUAAGAACCAUAUACCAAGAGUUGGGGACUUCAAUGAGAGCACAUAUUAGGAAGGAAGUACUGGCCACCCUGUAUUUGAAACAGCAUAUGGAAAGAUAGCUAUUAAUAUAUGUUAUGGUAGGCAUCAUCCUUUAAAUUGGUUAGCCUUCGGCUUGAAUGGUGCAGAAAUUGUUUUCAACCCGGCAACUGUUGGUGAACUCAGUGAGCCAAUGUGGCCAAUAGAGGCACGUAAUGCAGCAAUAGCAAAUAGCUAUUUUGUUGCUUCAAUUAACCGUGUUGGUACUGAGAUAUUCCCCAACCCUUUUACAUCCGGAGAUGGAAAGCCGGCGCAUGCCGAUUUCGGCCACUUUUACGGAUCCAGUCAUUUCUCAGCACCAGAUGCUUCAUGCACUCCAUCUUCUCGAAACAGGGACGGCUUGAUAAUUGCUGACAUGGAUCUCAACCUGUGUAGCAGUAUAGACAAGUGGGGUUUCAGAAUGACCGCUCGUUAUGUGUAUGCAGACACACUUGCUCGCUAUCUCAAAAAACCAGACUUUGAGCCUCAAGUCAUCAGUGACCCCUUCGUUGCAUAAGAAGUCAUUGUAACUUUCUGAGACUGUCUCUGUAUGAGUACGAAAAGAACAAGGAAAAUGGAGAAAGUGGAACGGUGAGAAAAGCAUUUGGGAUUUGGCAUGCCGCAAAAGGAAAAAGAAAGGUAGAAUAAAACUUUUAGUAAACAAAUUGUUUCUCUUUAUGUAUUGUAUUGCGACAUGUUUUUUUUCCAUAAAAUCUAAAAUGAUUUCACUUUUUGCAUGGCCAA